AUGAGGGUCUUGCAGUCUCUUUCACUUUUCGCGGCUACGGCUACGGCUCUAUCAUCCGCAGAAUGGCGCUCACAAUCCAUCUACCAAAUCGUCACAGAUCGGUUUGCAAACGAUCAGGGAACAACAACACAAUCAUGCAACCUUGGCAAUUACUGCGGAGGAACGUAUCGUGGGAUCAUCAACAAGCUCCCUUAMAUCCAAGGAAUGGGCUUCACAGCCAUCUGGAUCUCUCCCAUUGUCAAGAACAUUGAUGGUCCAACAGCUUAUGGCUCUCCCUACCACGGCUACUGGGCAUCAGACCUCUACGCUCUCAACACCGCAUUCGGAACAGCAUCUGAUUUGAAAGCCCUUUCAAACGCUCUACACACUCGGGGAAUGUACCUCAUGGUCGACGUAGCACCCAACCACUUUGCCUUCAACGGCGCUCCCGCCAAAGUCGACUACACCAAACUCAUCCCCUUCAACGACAUCUCCUACUAUCACCCCUACUGCGCAACAGACUACAACAACAGAACAAGUAUUCAACAAUGUUGGGCAGGAGACACAGUUGUCUCCCUCCCAGACCUCCGCACCGAGAAUGCAGCCGUCCAACUCGGCAUGAACAAAUGGGUCGGCGAGCUGGUAUCAAACUACUCCAUCGACGGCCUCCGUCUCGACAGCGCCAUGGCCAUCAACCCCGAAUUCUGGCCUGGAUUCAUCUCUGCAUCGAAUGUAUACGCUAUCGGUGAAGUGCUGGAUGGUAACCCCACGACAUUCAGCGCUUGGCAGAAAGUCAUGCCCGGUAUGUUGAACUAUCCCGCUUACUACUGGAUCAUCCGGGCAUUUUCAGCCAAAACGGCCACGAUGACGGAGUUGGCGAAUAACAUCGGGUGGUUGAAUACCGUGGCGCCAGAUACGACGUUGUUGGGGAAUUUCCUCGAGAAUCAUGAUCAGCCUCGUUUUGCAUCUUAUACGAAAGAUGUGGGAUUGACGAGUAAUGCGGUGGCGUUUACGACUUUUCAUGAUGGAAUUCCGGUGGUGUAUUAUGGACAGGAACAAGGAUUUUCUGGUGCUCAGGAUCCUUUCAAUCGAGAACCUUUGUGGCCGAGUUUGUAUUCCAAGACGGCCAUGUACGAGUUCAUUGCAAAGUUGAAUGCUGCGAGAGCGGUGGCCAUCUCCAAGGAUGCGAGCUAUGCGGGUACAAAGUCGAAGGUUGUGUACAGUGAUGAAAAGGUUGUUGUAUUGAGUAGAGGAUCCACUGCUUCUCCUCUUCUAUCCCUCAUCAACAACUACGGUAGUGGAGGCUAUGCAUCCAUCAUAGUCGAUGGCCUCCCGGGAAGUGUCUCCUGGACAGAUCUCUUGACUUGCAACGUCUUCACCUCCACUUCGGCAGGAAAAGUAGCUCUCAGCGUCGUCAACGGUGCCCCACGAGCCCUCUACAGAACCGAUAAGCUAACCGGCAGCGAUCCCUGUGCAUCCGCAUCAACGCCCACGAAAAGCACAACCACCACAAUCACACCAACAACCGCAACCAAGAUCUCUACAACCUCCACCGCAGCCCCAACCCCAACAGCAAUAACCUGCCCAGCCUCCAACGGAACAACCUACAACCACGACUCCGGCCGCUCCUUCGUCAUCGAAUGCGGAAUCGACCACGCCGGCGGCGACCUCUCAAUGCUCUACGUCAAAAACCUCACCCAAUGCAUCCAAAAAUGCGCCACAACCCCUCUCUGCACAAAUGCCGCCUUAUCAGGAACAGCCUGCUACCUGAAAUCCUCCCUGGGAAAAGCAAUCUACAACGGCGUCCAAGGCGCCCGUCUCAUCCCUUGCACUCCCGCCACAAGUCUUUCCGUGACAUUCAAUGUCAACGUCACGACGGCUUGGAUGGAGAGUAUUGAACUUUUGGGAUCGGAUUCUUUGAUUGGAUUUUGGAAUGUUUCGAAUGCUGUGGCGCUGGGAAGUCAGGCGUAUAGAGCUGGGAAUACGAUUUGGAAUGUUACGGUUGAUGAGGUGCCUGCGGGGACGUAUUUGGAGUAUAAGUUUUUGAGGGUUAAUGGUACGACGGGUGGGUUUGUGUAUGAGGGGGGAGCGAAUAGGAAGUUUACGGUUCCGAGUGGGGGGUGUGCGAAGGGGGUUGUUGUUAAUGGGACUUGGCAGGGGUAG